GUGACAGGCAAGUUUCCUGCAGCACGCGAGCUGCGUUUGUACUGGACGUCUGACGGUUGAGCGCAAACGGGAGACGAUGAUGAUGAUGAUGAUGAUGUUGGCUGAGGAAGGUAGAACGGAUUCAGAUCUUCAUAGUGUGACAGCCCAGAUUGAGUGCUUGUGCUUUUGGGUGUGACUGUCUUUUGUCCGCCACCUGCUUUCUCUCAUCCAUAUAAUAUGCUGGAAUAUCUUCUGUAUGGAAUUGCAUCGUUCUGGAAUGAUAUUCAGUUGUAAAGUUACGCUUGCAGGUGCUCAUAUCGAGUUGUUUCGCACUAGUUGACUACUGGAGGAUACCCACGUGUGAUUAUUGGUGCUCAUCUAAGGAAACGAGCUCGCUUCAGAUGCACGCACUGUUUGAUGGGGAUUGGAAAGGGCUGGGAAUCGAUCUGUCUCCCGUGUCGUUGCCCCGCGCCGUGAGGAUGUUCAGCUGCGUCGGGUGUUUUUGGGUGCUCCUGUCCUCCGCCCUGGUAGCGAUCUGCAGCUUCAGCUUUAUUUCACCUGCGUGGAUUGUGAAGGAGCACCUUAAAAACAAGGACUCGGUGAGUUUCGGGCUGCUCUGGCACUGCUCGGAGUCUCUGGAUCAUAUGUACAGAUGUUACACCUUUGGCGGGCUCGGCAAAUUUCAAGAAAUUCCUUCCAGCUCUUGGCAGACAAGUGCUGUGUUGUGUUCGGGUGGAUGUGCUCUGCUAGCCGUCAGCUCGCUUCUGGCCAUCAUCACCAUCUUCCUGCCCGGUGGAGCCUGUGAGCGGAGAAUCUGCACGCUGGCUGGAUACAUGCAGAUGGCUUCAGUGUUCAUUAUGGGAACCGGUCUGGUGGUUUACCCCUUUGGUUUCAACUCCAACCUGGUCAAGUCUUUCUGCGGCGACUCCGACAUCUACAACGCGGGGGAGUGCCAGAUAGGAUGGGGUUACAUGCUUGCAAUCGUUGGUGUCAUGCUCACUCUCUUCCUGCCAUUUUUCGCCAAGUACGCCCCAAAAGAGCAGCUGUCACCCACUCCCUUGCCCACCCUUUUAUAGAGCGUUGAAGACCACCACCUACAAUAAACACCCUGUUUGCCAUCCUAACUAUAAAGUGAAUGUUUUGAUGAUGGUCAUUUUCUACGAUUGGUAAUAACGAUAUCAUGAUGAUGAGCUGGACGGAUGAGAGCAGAAGUAAAGCCCUAACUCUGUAUUGACAUUGUAUGUUUCCUGUUUUUUUUCCUUAUUGGAGAAUGUUUUUCAUCUCCUCAAGACAAACAUUUAUUUGGAGGAUUAUUUGGAUUUUGGUAUUUCUUGAUGGAAGACUUUUAAGCACUAAAGACUGAAAAUCUCAAUGGACCCUAAUGCAAAUAGAGAUGGAAACAUUCCCAGUAAUACACUUCCCAGGACAUUUUGGCAUGUAGUAAAAAGAAUCUGGAAGUAUCGGAAAACAUGGAUCAAGAUGCCAAAAAUGGAUCCAUCUUUUGUACAUUUCCAGAAGCUCCUGGGUAACUCAAUAAUUCUGCUAGUUGGAAAGUUUUGCUUUGUACUAUUUUUUAUUUAGGUCAUAUCAGGCACCUGUUCAACACUGGAGGACCAACACUGUGGCAUAACUUUUUCUGUGUAAAAGUGUGAAUUUGUACUGCUUUUCCUCGUGAAAACCCUGCGAGAGCCAUCUCAAUGAACUGGGACGUGUCAAGCCUUGACUGCUAACAUAAGCAUGAAUCCUGAGAAACCCAAUAACUAAAACACAGUUAAACAAUGUCAUUCUCUAAACGUAUGCCCGUUUGCGUGAAUGGGAAAUGCAAAGCCUCUGUAUGCUUUCGUUACUGUAACACCUACUAUUGCUGAAUUAUUCAGGAUUAAAUAACAUCAGGAGGAAGGCAGAGACUUGUAUUAACAGCUAAUCUUUCUUAAAGUUGGGUUUAGUCAAUACUGACUAAAUUCUGACCAACUUGUGCCUUUUGACCAUUGUUAGGAGUCGAGUACCAUCAGGUUACGUACUUGUACUAAAACAUUUUUUUGUAAAUUCUUGUUAUAUUAUCGUUGUGCGAUUGUGUGCGUCUCCAUUGAUAAUGGUGAUUAUGAGCUGAAAGACUGGCACUGGUGCUCCAUGCCAAGCUGACAUUCGGUUGUGUUUUAUCAUGAAAGCAAAAUCUGAAACUUAUUUUGUCAUAAUUUGUCUGUGUAAAUUUGUUGUAAUGUUCAAAUCAAGCUAAUGUGCUAAUGCAUUACCGCCAGGCACAGCAAUACGGUGAAGCUAAAGCUUCUGUUUGGAUCAUUCCAGUUUGCACUUGGCUCACUUUUACUGUUGUGUCGAUGCAUUUCUUAAUGUAUCUAGACGAGAUCAAAUUGGCAUUCCCAUUGCCCCUUAUUCAUUAGAAUGAAUGAAAAAAAUUCUUGAUUUUUGUUAAAGGGACACUCCACUUUUUUGAAAAAUGCUCAUUUUCCAGCCCCCCCCCAGAGUUAAACAUUUGAUUUUUACUGUUUUGGAAUCCAUUCAGCUGAUAUACCUGGCAGUACCACUUUUA